GGUGCCUUAACCAUCAAAUCACAGUCGCCUUCUAUCCUCUGCAACGCCCUCUUUUCCUCCGAAUAUCGCACACAGGCAUCACAGUUGGAAUCACUGGAUUUGAUUACACCUUGUGGAGCUCACGACUGGCACGUUUCGCCUCCCGCAUACCGCUACACGACCUGGGCGUGAGAUCCAGGCGCAACUUGAGCUCACUGAACCACGCUGGCACGAGUUGCAUUGCGCCUCACGCCACGCAGGACGAGGAUUUAUUAUGACAUAGCUUCCAAGUCUAGGCAUAUUGGAAGCACAUCUACCUAGCAGUACCGAUCUUCGAAUCCAUCUCUCUCCUCAAAGACGGUGUUCACUCUCCCUCCACCAUGGCUACUCAAGCGCCAACCCAGGGCGCUGGCACGGCCAACUCCUAUGCAGGGCAACCAGCAACAUCACCAGCUGGCCCUCCCGCCGCGACUACGGCUGCAACUGGCACCACUGGAGGUGCCAUGUCAAACCAAAAUCUGAACCAGAUAGUUACGGAUUAUUUGCUUAAGCGAGGCUUCAACCGGACAGAAGAGGUUUUCAGACAGGAGUCAAAGCAUCUGGGUAAUGAUGGAAAACCAGUCCAGCAAUUAGCAAACCUAGGUCCAAAGAAGUACUCGAGAGCGUUUCGACUCUUGAGAGACUGGGUCGAAAACAAUCUCGAAAUCUACAAGUUUGAGCUAUCAAAGCUUCUCUGGCCGACGUUUGUUUACUCGUUCAUCGAGCUGGUUGGAAAUGGAUACACAGAAGAGGGCAAGCUGUUCCUUAAAGAAAUUGGCCAGCAUUUCCAAGCGUCCCAUGCAGAUGAUUUGAAGACGUUUUCGACCAUCACGCUUCCGCAGCAUACAAACGAGAACCCCAUUACCAAAUUAUACAAGGAGAACAAGUAUCGUAUCCCCUUGAACCAACAUGCGACUAGCGACCUAUUCAACUUUCUUGAGCGCGAAUCUGAUCAAGGUGGAUCCGUGAUCCGACAACUACUCGUCUCAUAUUGUCAGAUUGAUUCAACAGCUCGCGGACCUAUCACUCCAUUCAGCUUUGAGGCGGUGUUUAGGAAGACGAAGAAUCUGGAAAUCGAGGAGGUGGAUACUAAGGAAGGUAUCCCGGGGGUCAACAUCGGGCUAUCCAACAAGGAUAUUUUGGAUCCGGCGGCACCUCUGAGCCUUGGACCUCUACCGAUGGAUACUGAUCUUCGCGAUGAUAUCCGAGCCGAAAUCGAAGACGAGGAACGGCGAAAUCCCCCGGUCCCUGGCGCAACUAGCCUGAUAGAAGAGCUUGACCAAAAGAUCAAGCGAGAAGAGAGUGCAGAUGCCCCGAGCCGAGCGGAUCUACCGCUACCCCCGUCUCGCCCGCGAGAUAUUAUGCUUGAGAUGCAAAAGCUGCGAGAAAAUAGAGACAGAUUCAAAAUCGAGGGUCGAACAGGUGGUGUGGGCGUCCCCGUCAGCGCUUGCAUGUUUACAUUCCACAACACAUUUGGAAGCGUAUCAUGUAUGGAGUUUUCUGACGACGGACAGCUCGCAGCUGUGGGUACCAGCGAAUCCUAUAUUCGCGUCUGGUCCUUGGAUGGAAAAGCUCUCCCCAGCUCAAAUGCUCACGAAAAAGGCGCCAAGUUCAACAGCCGGAAGCUGAUUGGACACUUUGGCCCUGUAUUCGACAUUUCGUUCUCCGACUCUGCUUCGGGACCUCCCCAAAAGCUGUUUGGUGAUGAAGGAAGACAGAAUGCGGCAAUUGACGGGCGGCCGAAGUUACUACUCUCAUGUUCAGCGGACGGACAAAUCCGGCUGUGGUCUCUGGAAUCUUGGACCUGCUUAUGCGUUUACAAGUCACACGACGGACCUGUCUAUAGAGCGCAAUGGGGUCCACACGGACAUUACUUUCUAACCGGCGGCUACGACAAGGUCGUUCGAGUGUGGAUGCAGGAUCAUGCGUCGCCCCAGCGUCUGCUUGUUGGGCACGAUACCGCCGUCUCAGCUAUAGCAUGGCAUCCCAACGGCAUGUAUGUCUUUUCGGCAUCAGACGAAACGGACAAGUCUGUCCGCAUGUGGUCCGUGGUGACAGGGGCCUGCGUGAGAGUAUUUACUGGGCACACUGAGCACGUCAGCUCUCUAGAAUGCGCACCCAACGGCAAGAUUCUAGCCAGCGCAGACGUUGCGGGCAAUAUUUUCUUCUGGGAUCUAGUCAAGGGUACUCGCAUCAAGCGCUCUCGCGGCCACGGCAAAGGCGGCGUCUGGUCUCUCAGCUUCAGCGUCGAGUCCAACAUACUUGCCUCUGGUGGCCAAGAUGGUACUGUUCGGUUGUGGGACGUCGAAUCACCAGCGGAUCCUCACAAAGCCGCUCAACAGGCCGGCCUUGAGGCUGCUACUGCCGGUGCCGAUUUGGCGAUUGGUGGUCCCAAUGGAGAAGCAUCAAGAAUCAACGCUGGACCUUCGGGCCAACCAGCCAACACUGGAGCCACCACGGGCACCAAGAAGAAGAGCAAAGAGGUGAUGAUUACUCCAGAUCAAAUCUCUGCGUUUCCCACGAAGAAGACGCCUGUGAUUAAUGUCAAGUUUACUCGAAUGAAUCUCGUUAUAGCAGGCGGAUGUUACGACCCUGACCGGUAGAGCAAGGCAGGGCGUGACUGAAGCAGGUAGAUGUGAUGUGGGAUUGUGCUGCAAUUCUUGGGGUGGCAUUACAACUAAACGCAAAUUGCGCAUCCAAGACACGACGUGGAGGUCUAGAUGGCGGUAAUGGCCAGUGAAUUGCACGAGGUACAGGUGCCGCAAAGAGCCUGACAGAAAGCAGCAGGAUAACGACGGACUCGGAAUGGGUGUAAUACAGCUAUAGGUCUCGCUUGGUUACAGGGAUAAUUAUUUAGAACAAUACUCGAUGCGUCAUGAUGGCAGAUUAAUACCGCCAGAGCAUCGAAUGAGGCACGAAUCUGCCUGGGUAGGGAAUAAUGGAACGCUGGAGCUUGAGAGGCAGUCAGUCAACUUAUGGUUAGGUAGCGAAUAAAGGCUGUGUUUAUACCCCACGCUGUUAAUCAACUAAGG